AUGUGUCUAGAAGAUCGUAUUCGAGAACUAGAGCUGGAAAACGAAAUUCUCAGAGCGGACGUUAAAAGAUUGAGAAUUGAGGUAAGGGUGAUAUAAUUUCCUGUUAUUUUCCUUAGAAAGACCAUGGUAUGAUUCUGGACAUUCCAAAAGAAGAGCUGGCUCCCACCUGCAUAAGAUUGUUUAGAUUUUUGAAAAAUCAGGAAGAUAAAAGUGUUGCCCACAGAAUUCAAAUCAUAGAGUUUAUGAAGGAAAAUGGGUUUGAGAUACCUGAAGAAUUUCUUGUCAAUGACAAGUUGGUAUUCGAUUCAGCUCCGGAGAAAGUAAGAAUAAAUUGCUGUUUUCUAUUGUGAUCUUUUUGUAGGUGACGAAGACUAAAAAUUUAAUCCACAAACAUUUGGCCGAUGUCCAUGAUUGCCUUCUAAAGGUUCGUCAACAGGUGAAGUCCUCCAAAGAGUAA